AUGUCUUCGGGAAAGAGACUAGCUAAGCGUUCGAUCCUGGGCAGCAGGGUAUGCGUGCAGUGUGACGACGGUCACUUCUACCCGGGAAUCAUACAGGCGACCAAGACGAAGGCGAGCGGAGAGGAACACUACAGCGUUCGUUUGGACAGCAGACGCACCGUGGAAGGACGUAACCGCGACAUCGUCGGCGUCGGAUUCCAGACGGUAACGUCCGUUCAGCUGCAGGAAGGACAGAGAGUGUUUAUCACGCUCACCGGCCGGGAAGUUCCGGGUAGCGUUAUCCGGCACGAUGCCAACGAUGAGGUCACCGUGACGACACACGGGAGCAGUAGUGACGGCGUGACUGCGCAGACGGUCGUCAGAAGAAUACAGGAGGUUCGACUGCUAGAGAGCCGAAAAUCGGCGCGUCUCAUGGACUUGGAUACGGACUACAGUUUCAUGGCGGAUCCAGUGCUUGCCGAGAAGAGGAGAGCUAUAUCGAACAACAUCGACGUACCACUAAACCCAAGGUAG